GGUCAGGGUCACUGUUUUCGAGUGGUUGUCUGUUUCAACGACACAACCUUGUGAUAUUCUGAAAAAGUGUAAUGAAACUGGCAUUCGUAACUGGGUCAAACAAAGGCAUUGGAUAUAGCAUUGUUGAAAAGCUUGCAGAAUUUUAUGGGACGUCAGGAGAGUGGGAUAUUUAUCUAACAGCUCGAAAUGUUGAGCUUGGUCAGGAAGCUGUGGAGAAGCUCAGUAACAAGGGCCUGGAUGUUAAAUUUCAUCAACUAGAUAUAACUGAUCGAGAUAGUCGAAAAGCGUUCCUAAUAUUUGUAGAGAGAAACUAUCCUAAUGGAAUCAACAUUGCAGUGAAUAAUGCUGGAUUUGCCUACAAAGUUAACUCCACUGCUCCCUUUGGCGAGCAAGCACGAGUUACAGUGAACACCAACUUCACAUCAACCAUUGAUUUCACGGAAGAGUUCAUUCCUUUGUUAGCUAAACAUGCUAGGGUUGUCAAUGUAUCUAGUUCUGUUUCUCUAACCAGUCUCAAGAAACUUAGUGAUGAUCUUUACGAAAAGUUCGUUAGUCCAAUAAAUCUUUUGGAACUUCGAAAGCUCGUCUCCGAGUUUGUAAAGUCCGCUGAGGAUGGCACUUAUUCUGAAAAAGGUUGGCCACAAAAUGCUUAUGGUGUGUCUAAGAUGGGCCUUACAAAGGCUUCAUUUAUUUUCGGUGAAAUGCUGAAAGAUGAUCCAAGAGGGAUUGUAAUAAAUUCAUGUUGUCCUGGUUAUUGCGAUACUGAUAUGACUAGUCACAAGGGAACGAAAACAGCUGAUGAGGAUGUGAUGAACAAUCGCGGUAUUCGAUAUCUUGAGCCAGUAAGCAAGACCAGUAAGCAAAUCUUCGAGCCAAUAAUUUCUUGUUGAUGCCGGAAUGUACAUUGUGGAAUCGACGUUAUUUUUUUAGACAACGAUUUUGUCAGUGGGCAUAAUAAAUGAGUCAAAAAUCAUGAAUGUGUCCCGCCGGCGAAAAUACUGUAGCAGUUCUCCUUGAAAACGACUGUUUGACUACUUGGUGAGGAGAUAACCCGUAACUUCUCUUAAUGUCUUGUCAUCAUCCGUGGGUUCUUUGAUAGCUUUGGAAGUAACUGGUAAACCAUUGACUUCGUCUUACAAUACUCAGUGUACUUCUGUUUCCAUCUCAAUUGCUGCCACAAAAGUAUCUUCCUAUUUUACUUGUGAACCAAUCAGUCUAGACAAGGCGUCAGCCUGUUCAAAAUCAGUAGUGGGUUGGUACUUGAAGUCAUAACUCAAGAGUGUGGUUUCUUAUCGUUGCAGUCUGUUUGCUUCAUAUACCGGAAUCCCUUUCUCCGAUCCAAAUAUGGUCAGCAAUUGCUUAUGAUCAGUUAAGAAAGUGAACUGACGUCCAAAUGUCAUCUUGUGAAACUUUAUGGCGAAGAUACUUGACAAUGCUUCCUUCUCUAUCCGGCUGCAGUUACGUCCUGUUGUAGUUGUAUUUAACGACACAGCUGCAUGUGAUAUUACUUUCACAGAUCCAUCGGGCAUGAUAUGAAAAGUAAUUGCCCCAAUGUCGUAGUUCGAAGCGUCUGAUGCUACCGCAAUUGGUAAGGAUGUAUCGUAUUGGGCAAGCAACAGAUUCGAGACUAGUAGUUUUUUAAUUUUCUCAAAAGCACCUUGACAACUUUUCGACCAAUCCAAUUUUAUGUUCUUUGACAGGGUCUUAUUUAACGGGGCACGUAGGCGAUGAAGGUUAGGAAUAGAUGCACCAUAAUAGGUCCCAUAAAGCAUCGUAGUGCGAGGAAAUCCGUCGGUCUAGGCAUAGCUUCCACUCUCUGGGUUUACCCAGCAAUUCCUCAACCAACUCCUCCCUUUUUAUGGGUAUUAUAAUAAGCAUUUAAUUGACAGGAUAAAAUGACGCCUUGAUUGAUGGGAGAAGGGUCUAGGUGAAUAGUGGUUGGAGACAGGGAUGUUAAUUAGCUAACCUUUCUUCACAAUCAUUAAACUCGUUCAAGUAAUUAAAUGAAAGGUUACUAAUAUCUGCGUGUAGUCAGUUUGAAUUACAUAUGAGAUAUAAAAUUAAUAUCGUUUCUCUAGUAAUAGGAUCGACGUGUAAAUCGCUAUUUAGCCACCUGUCUCGGUAAUCGGUUAACACGUUUCCUGUAUGUAUCAAUGAUUUCGUUGAUAAAUCAAUCGUUAAAAAGGACAUUUAGAAAACUGUCGAUACACACAUACAAACAUUUGUGUAAUCAUAUUCAUAAAAUAUUUAGUUUUCUGUACUGUGGAUCAAAGAACUACUCAACAUUCUAUGAAUUCGUAUACUUUCACAAUAUAAUCUAGCUACGACACUUCAUAUUGAAAUUAGCUGUCAGUUGCACAAGUUCCAAAAUUGUAACUCAUGCAUCUUCCCAUAUCUUUUACCGGGAGAUAUUUUUCAGAAUAUUUCCAAAUAUAACGAAGGAUAUUAGUAUGCCUCUUAAGUUUCUUUUGGUCAUUAUCUUGUUUGUAUGAUUUGAGGGAUUUCAUUUAUCAGUGAUUUACACCUGACUAAUAUUAAGUUUUUGUUGUGUUUAUUAUUUUAGGUGCUGAUACACCUUUUUACUUGGCCACUUUACCUAUUGAAUCAAAGGAACCAAUUAAUCAAUUCGUUUACGAAAGGAAGGUGCUCAGGUGGUCUAAAUGAUCUUCAGGCCAAUUUUACGUUUCUCGGGAAUGUAAACAGAAUGUUAUUGACUAGUUUUACUAUUUCGCAAUCUGAAUCACAAUAUUUUCUUGACGUGAUUCUUCUACUAAUAGUAAUUUUUCUUACCU